AACUUUUUGAUACGAACUCCAAAACCUCCAAAGAUGAUGGAAAUCAAAGUUGAAUGGAGGAGAAGGAAGUAAAGACGUGGCGAAAUGGAGACCAAACUCCUCAUCCUCACACAGCCACCCUGCUUCAUCUCUACUCCUCAUCGUCAUCGACAACCUCAUCCACCCAAAACCUCUUUUCCUCAUCACCUUUCCUCUCCUUUUCGCCGCUCCUGCACCUCUGUCUACUACCGUCGCUGGGACUCCAACGUCGAAACUCAAGUUGAAGAAGAAGAGGAUGAAGAUGAAGACGAAGGCUCUGAAUUUGGCUUCGGAGGUAGGUGGAAUAAGAAGAAGAAGAAGAAAAGGCGUUGGUGGUCUGAUGACUCUUCUUACUCACCGGAGACGGAGGAAGGUCCUGGUGGAAUAUUCGAGGAAGUCAUUGAUAGUUUCUGGAUUUUUAAGGUGUUUACAUCCUAUGGCUGGGCACUUCCAGCAAUUAUUGCAUCCUGGCUGCUAGCUACAGGCCCAAAAGCUUUUCUUAUGGCAUUGGCACUCCCCCUUGGUCAGUCAGCUCUUUCUUUCGCAUUUGAUAAGUUGUGGGGAAAGACACAAAGCAAGACAAAACGCAGGUCCAGGAUGAGGAGGAAACCAGCUGCCAGCACUGCAAGUAGUGUUGAAAUGGGGGCAGAAGAACAAGGUGAAAGCCAGGAAACCAGAAAGGGAAAGGUGGGAUACCAAUCGUGGAUAGUUGGCAAUGAUGGGUCAGCUUCUAAUGGUGGUGGAGAUGCACCAAAGUUCGGUGGUUGGGAUGAUCUAGAUAGAUCUCGAUCUGCAUGGAGAGCGUCUCGCAAAACUGGUGGGUCACGAAAGACACCGACAGAUAACGGAAAGUUGAGCGGCAAGGUUAGAAAAAGUGACACACCUCUGCUCUUGAGAUUGUUGAUUGCUGUUUUCCCAUUUUUGGGUUCUUGGACCAAGAUAUUAUACUGAUGACCACCAAGCAAGCUCGAAUUUAGAGCAUGAAUUUGAUUGGUUUUGCCUGCAAGGACUGAGACUGAAUCACUGUAUUUAAGGGGCAAUGGGUUCUUAUUCUUACUUGAUCAUCUUUCCUUCAAGUUGAAUCAGUUAAGCCAAAUUGGAGGGGGGAAAAAAUCAUGGGAGCAAUCUGCGUAUAUAAACAUCCUAGUGAUGGUUAUUCGAUGACAUGCUCGGGUCAAUUCCUUUGUUCCUCAGAAUACAUGGUGCAGAAUACAAAGAAAAGGCCAUAUUGAUCAAGGUUUUUCAUAUAUUGCUAUAGAACCGAUAUAUUUAUCCUACUCCGAAGGCCUUUUUGUCUUUUUUUCUCCCCUUGGCAGCAUGGCUUAUACUUUUUGUAGCAUUUUUUGAAUUUAAUUUAUAAUCUUAUCUUUCGAAUA